GGCGGGGUGACGGUGUGCGGCUGCGGGGAGUGUGAGUGUGUGGAGUAUAAAGGGUGCUGGUGUGCGGUGUGGGAGGCGAUACGGCGGGUUGUGUUCGAGGGCCCAUCGGUCGAUUGUGUCACUGUCUCGCCGGAUUUGCUGUGUGCUGCGUUCCACGACGUUCACGACGCUCACGACGUUUACGGUAUUCAGCACGCUCACGACGGUCGCGGCAUCCGCUACGUUCACGGCGUUCACUGCGCUCCACCAUGCACCCCACAGACGACAAACCCAUGGACGAGAAAACCGAGAACGCCGAGCAGCGCCUCGACGCCCUCGAUCCCGCGGAGGUGAAGACGCUGUUGUGGCGCUUGGAUAUCCACAUCCUGCCCAUCCUCGCACUCCUCUUCCUGUGCUCUUUCAUCGACCGCACGAAUGUCGGUAACGCGAAGAUUCUGGGCUUGGAGAAGGAUCUCGGGAUGGACGACAGCCAGUACGCAAUCGGGUUGUGUGUGUUUUACGCGACGUACAUCGCGAGUGAGCUGCCGAGUAACUUGGUGCUGAAGAAGGUGUCACCGCGGGUGUGGCUGCCUGCUUUGACGGCUGUCUGGGGCAUUCUGACCAUGUGUCUGGGGUUCGUGACGGGGUUUUCGUCGUUCGUGGCGGUGCGAGCGCUGUUGGGAAUUGCGGAGGGUGGGCUGUUGCCGGGCAUGGUUUUGUACCUUUCGCACUUCUACAAGCGCACUGAGCUUGCGCUAAGGAUUGGUAUCUUCUAUACCGCUGCGUCGCUGUCUGGUGCGUUUGGCGGUCUGCUUGCGCGGGGCCUCAAUGCUAUCGGGCCUGCAGGUGGUCUUGAAGGCUGGAGAUGGAUAUUUAUCAUCGAGGGUAUCCUUACCUUUCUCGUUGGCGUGUCGUCCGCCAUCUUCCUACCCAACUCUAUCGAAUCCGCCGGCUUUCUUUCCGUAUCCGAGAAACAGUGCUCCCGCAUUCGAUUGAAUACGUCUGCAGUACACGAAUCUUUCUCGUGGGCCGAAGUUCGCCGUGGCGUCUUCAAUCUCCAAGUCUGGCUGAGCGCGACAGCAUACUUUUGCAUUCUAUGCGGUCUUUACUCCUUCGGCCUCUUCCUUCCAACGAUUGUGAAGGGCGGAUUCUCGACCGAUCCCAACCAAGCGCAGCUCUGGACCGUCAUCCCAUAUGCCGUCGCGGCAGCCUUCACUGUUGUCGCGGCCUUCGUGUCUGACCGCAUCGCGCUCCGCGGACCGGUCAUGCUUGUCACUCUGCCUAUCGCCAUCAUCGGCUAUGCAGUGAUCAGCGUGACCACGAAUCCAAAAGUCCAGUACGGCAUGACGUUUAUGAUGGCCACCGGCAUGUACGCCUCUGUGCCCUGCAUCCUCUCCUGGAACUCCAACAACUCUGCUGGACACUACAAACGGGCCACGACCACUGCCCUGCAGCUGGCUAUUGCAAACUCAGGAGGCUUUGUGGCCAGUUUCGUGUAUCCGAAGAGUGAAGGGCCAAACUUUCACAAGAGUCACCAGAUCAUGCUGGGGCUGCUAUGUGCUGCGUGGGUCUUGAUCGCCGCAAACGUUGCAUGGGUCGCAAAGCUUAAUCGUGACAAAGUUCUUGGUAAAUACGCGCAGUUUGAGGGAUACACCGACGACGACAGAGCCCCAUCGUUCAAGAUGGUGUUGUAGAUAUAUGAGCGACGAUCUUGCCGUACAAUUUUACUGGUACUCCACAAACCUUCAACUAGACUACGAAACUUCACGUUGACGCGUAUCAAGUCAGAGUCCAAACCCAGGUUCCCAUGUUCUUGCAUCGCGCGAUGAUGUUUCAAGCGCAAUCUGUGCGGAUGUCCGCUGAUGUUUUGGGGGCCAGCAUCGCAGCGUCACAACGGAACUGCGGGCCUGAGACACGGACUUCACACAGACACCACGCAAACGUGACUCCGCGGACGUCCGACUGCGUAAUAGUCCGCAUGGAGCCUGGAAACA